AUGACCGCCGCGCUCGAGUCCUGGCGAGAUCUACUUGUGGAUCACAUCUUCGUGGACCUCUGGAUCCAUCCUACGGCCACUGCCUGGAUUCCCGGUGUCUACUAUGCUCUCCGAUUUACCGUGAUUGAUCGGAUCAAGAGCCACCUAUUCAAGAUGGAGCUCAAGACCCCAUCCUCGGACCAUAUUCAGGUUCGGGUCAUCAUACCCAAUAAGCCUGCGUCACAAACUCCGCUCGAUAUUUUGAGGCUAUUAAAUGAUCGGUUACAGGAGCUCAGGAUUCGUGGCACUGGUAGCAGCAAGCUCGAUGCUGUCGAAGAAAUACGGGAUAUCAAGUGGUAUCCGCGGCACCUGGUUCAGGGGGAGUUUGAAUUUGCCCAAUUUCUAAGAGCUUCAGGUUUGGAAGUCCAAACAGAAUCUGACUGCGUCCUCUGUGGAUGGGGAAGCUUUAUGAAGCUUGGUGACUGA